GACAAGCAGCGAAGCACACUGUUACUCUAGGUUGAGAAUUUUCGUGAAUCUAUUAGUGUUCUAUUUGUUUAAAGUGGAAAGAAUUGUGCUGCCUAGCAUACGUUUAUUAUAAAGUAUAAAGUUUCUUUCAAUGAACCGUGUAAUGCGGAAUUACACACCCGACCUGAUGGCGUCGAGGAAAUCAACAAUCGGUGCUUCGGUAUCAUUCACAACACCAACGCUGCUGGGCUCCGCCUCUCGGCGACGAUAUUCGGUAGCUACGACGCCCAGUUCGGAUGCAAUUAUGUCUGUUUCGAUUAGUAGCGACCGUGAAAAUGUUCCUCCCGUAAAUCCCAGUAUCAGAAAAAGUUUGAGUCAAAAUGCUUCAACUCCAGGCAAACGAAUGAGUUUUCACGAAAAUUUGAUGCUAAAGAUUUUAUCAACGCCAGUUGAUCAACCGUUGUCACUGAAUGAUUCAGAUUCGUCGGAAAUAUCAUUUUGUAGUUCCAUUGUGACCACACCACAUGCUGAAGAACUGAUCGAUUCAGAUGAUGUGCUUCGUUGUGCGACGCCACCCUGCGUCGGGGACAAUCAAAAUCCCCGACUGGCUCGAUUGUACAAGGACCUGCAGAGUCCUUCAGCAACGACACGAGUUCGAGCUCUACGUGCUCUCAAAUCGCCAUCCAAGCGUGAUGCAUAUGGACAGUUUGACGUUCCCCACGAGGAACAAGACAUCAUAACAGCGGACGAAAGAAAGUCACCAAAACCAAAAACUAUUCAGGAAAUAAUGUCCGGUGUUUGUAUUUAUGUCGAGGUACGCUCCGGUGCAGAUAAUCGCUCCGAUGGAAUCAAAGAUCACGUUGCAUCGCUCGGGGCCAAAGUUAAUGACCGAAUGUAUAGAGAUACCACUCACGUCAUCUUCAAAGAUGGUCUCCUCUCCACUUACCAGAAAGCGAAGAAGAUGAACAUCCCCGUUGUGUCGAUUCUGUGGAUCGAAGCAUGCAAACGACACAUGUGCUUGAUGAAUCCGGAGGAUUUUCCUAUUUCAAACCAGGAGCGGUAUGAGAAUCCAGAACUUUUCAAAAAGAUUCGGCGACAAAAAUCGAUGCAACCUAGAGCCGAAGAAGUUAUGAACUCCGGUGGCAAGAAACGUUCGGCACUUAUACCCGUAAAUGCAAACAAUGCUGCGGCAGGUUCGAAAAACGUCAUUUCCCCGCCGGGUAAACUGCCAGUGCUCCACCGAAUUCGUAAGGAUGAUGGUCUUGAACGAAUUCUUAAUGAGUUUCAAGCGGAAAAUCAAAACACUCCGGAACCGCAAGACGAUUUCGAUAAGCUUCUCGUUGGUCCAAUGAAGUUGCUGGAACGGUUUCGAAAUUCGCCUACGGUGAUUCAGACAGUUGGAGAUACUGAAGUGUCUAGCUCAAGCAAAGAAAAAGAAAUCGGAAGCACCCCCGAAGUACCUAGACGAAGUGUUCGCAAAUCAUUGUUUGACAAAAAGGUUGAACAGCAACCAGGUUCCAAUGAAAAGUCUGCUCGAAGAAGAAGCAGUAGCUCCAGCAGCAAGGAAAUAGCUCCGAAACCAACGCCUGCGUCCAUGAGGCAGCGUAGAAAAACGACAUUAUUUACGCCUCGUGUCACUAGUGUAACGGAAGAGAGCGAAUCACCCGCACCUUCAGCUCCAGCAUCCCAGGAAAAAUCUGUUCGAACCAGAAGAAGAACGAUGCAGAUUUCCAUGAAGGAAAAUAGUCCUCUGAAAAAACAGGAAACCAUCUGUUCGCCCAAAGCCAUGGAACUUUGUAAGACCAACAGUGUAACAUCAAACAGUGUCCAGCAAAGCUCAUCACUGAACCAUAGAGCUCGUAAAACCAUCUAUCAACCAAGUACGAUGGAACAAUCAACUGAUAAGACUGAGAAAAUAGCUAAUGUAGAGGUGACUAACAAACGCAAUACACCUACAAAUGUGAUAAAUAACUCUCGGAAGACAAAAACUCCAGAGUUGGAUAGCAAAACUCUCGAAGCAUUCCGUACAAAUCGACGGCGAACGCUGUACACACCGGGAGUGUAUGACGAGACUGAUAAGCAACGAAAUAAUGAUGCAAACGGUAACAGUUCGCUGUUCACACCUGUGGCCAGCUCAACGGCCAACAGUAAAACACCUUUGGCCGUUAAUUCUUUGUCGCGAAGAAAAACCAUGUUUACACCUAGUGCUUCAGUUGACAAUCUUCACACUCCGCCUCAAAAUGCCGAUCUGUUGAAGACUCCCGGAUCGAUGGUCCAGAUGAGAAGCAAAACUCUUCUCGAAGAGUAUCAAUCUAAUCUAACAUUCAGUUCCUCCAGAACACCGGUGAGUGAACGUCGCAAAACGAUUUUCGACAUUUCAAUGGAUAUCAUCGACAAACGUCUUUCUCACAUUAAUAAACGUGCGGAAAGUGCAAACGAAACGGCAGCAAAUGUUAGCAGGGCUAACUCCGCAGAGUUUGCACUCAAAUCACCCCCACCAAAACCAUCGUCCCUCAGUCGUCAGACGUCGCUGGACACUUUCUAUAGGAAACUAUCGAAAUCCACUGAAAAGACUGUUAUAUACAACAAGACUGCAAUCUCAUCGGAAAAUGUCAUUAAUACGGUGCCACGAAAGCGUAAACUGUUCAAUGCUCAGCCAUCAAUAACGGGAACUCCACCCAGUAGCAGUCAAAGUUCAACGGACACCCCCGUGGAGGAAAAUCCCAAUAAACGUGCUAAAAUCCCAGCGGAAACAUCACCGGCAGCUAGUAAAACACCAGCCUCAUCACGGCGACGGUCACUUGCUCCGGCCCUGUCCCAACCGGUGAAAUCCGUCACUACUAAAUGCAUUCAAACUUCAACCCGCCGGAGCACGAUGUUGUUCGAAACGGCACGCACAUCCUGCAGCAACAGUGGUCACACUAGGUCUCAACCGGUAAUCGCUACCGCCCGACCGGUCAUGGGAACCCAAGCGCGGACCAUGAAAGCACUAGGCCUCGGUGCCGGUUUACCGACCAUAACGGCUUCGCAGCAACGGGCGACGGUAACCGGUAAGGCAGCACCGUUUCAUCUGGCCACUACGAAUCUGCACGCCGCCCAGUACGGUUUCGUCAAAGAGACUGUUGCUGCCCUGGGUGGAUUUAUUGUGAAUAACAACGUGAGCGACCGGACAACUCACCUGGUCACCCUCGGACCGAGGCGUACCAUCAACAUUCUGCGGGCACUGGUUCGUGGUCUCUGGAUCGUGCAGUACGAGUGGAUGGAAGAGUCCGCCCGUUCGGGUCACUGGUUACCGGAAGAACAGUUUGAACUACGGGACUUUUCCGCUGCUGUUCAGAUUUGCCGCAGCGAGCGACAAGCCUUCGGUUCCCGGUAUCGAAUGGAACUGUUUGCCGACUGUGGUCCCUUUUAUGUGUCACCAAACUGCGAGGUGCCACAAGAUCAACUGCGGGAACUGAUCAUCACAUGUAAAGGUAAAAUUACGGGAAACGCACAAAAGGCCAAGUAUUUGAUUGUGCAAUCGAGACAAGAUGUACAUAACAUUCCAAGUGGAGCAUCUUGCUUAAGUCCCCUCUGGUUGCUUGAUAGUAUCAGUAUUAAUAAGUUGAAAAAAAUUAACAAGUAUGUGGUAAAACAAUGA